AUGGCUAUCGAAAAUGUCUACGUUAUCGUAUAUUUUAACGGAGACAUUUCUCUUACAUCUGAAGGUAUUACAUUUAUUUGUGACGAUCCACUGUGGAUAAUGAUCCCGCCGCAGACGUCGUUGGAAGAGUUGAAGAAUGUGAUCCUCAUGAAUACUGGUCUGGUCGGAAAGAAGGACAUCACGAAGUUGACUUACAGAAUGUCAGUUGCAGUUGCCAACUCGUUUGUGUAUCAGAAAAUACAGAUUAAAUUUGACCAACAAGUUUCGAUGAUGUUUUCUUAUCAUCGGAGCAUUGGAAGUAUCUACUCGUUGGAGCUAUGCGUGUGUCUCCAGGAUGUUGGUGGAAGCUCCUCUAGUUCCAAUAAUGUGGUGCAACCUGGGAAUUUCGGUGCCGCCGAUUUGAUGCCAUUCCAGGAGAUUGUUAGAGCUCUGAGAACCUUCAAUGCCUUUAUGACGCACAGACAAACUGUAGGAAAUCGUUGUGCAUGUCCUCCCCCUUCUAACCAAGUUGCAUCCCCAGAAGGUAUUGUUGAUGGGUUGGCAGACACUUCUGACGAAGAUGAGAUCGAAGAUGAUAGUGGUGAAGAAGCAGAAGUGGUUCCUGAAACCCAACCCGUUUACUGCGAGAGGGAUCUUCUGAGUCGUGUCAAAUCGGUUGGUGGAUCUAGCGGUACUCCAGGCCGCUAUCUGUCUUUAAAUUUCGGUGCAAUGGGUUCGACCACCGUUGAAGACACACCGAGCAACUAUGCUUUGUCUGGUGAGAUGGAGCUGGAGGUUGGUCUUAAAUUUCUCAAUAGAGAAACUGCUAUGCUUACCGUAAAGAACUACAACAAUCGUAGAAGUGCGGAAUACAAGGUUGUAGAGUCGGAUCAAGCUAGGUAUGUAUGUCGAUGCAAGUAG